AUGAAUGACCAAGCCAGAACCUUAAAAUAUCUUAUUGCUGUAGAAAAACUGGCUGAAGAAAUAUUGUGCGAUAAGCAAGAAAUUGUUAUGUUGGACAAAAGAAGAAAUCAUAAUCGGGAAGCUUUACGCGCUCUAACAAAAUCUUCUCAGUCCAAAUGUUGGGUUACGAUAGGGUCAGUUGUUAUAAAACAUGAUAUUGUAGCAACCAAGUCUCUUUUGGAGGCUGAUCAAAUUCAACUGAAUAUAGAUAUCAAUAAACUUAGGUCGGACCUCAGAAUAAAAGUAAAUAACUUAAGGGAUUUAGAAAUGCAACCUCCUGUGCCUGGUUUAAUGUUAGUUCCUAUGUCAAGUUCAGAAAGUGAUGGCCUUGCAAGGGCUGGUUUAUUUUCUUAA